GGAAAGUGGGAAACGCCUUCAAGAAGUCUACAAUUCCAGUUUCACAAACCCCUGGCCCUAUUGAAGUUCGAAUUCUACUUUCCAGUUCUCCUCAACACUAGGGUUUUCGGCAUCUUUGCUGCAGGGAAAUCUUCCAGCUUGACAUCACCCUAGUAAUGGAUUUCAGCGGUGAUGAGGAACAAUGUAGUGCCCUAGCCCUGAGGCUUUUUUAUAGUGAACAUGAUGGCAACUGCUCUGCAGAAGAUCUAGCAUGGGCCGAUUCCUGCGUGAGUCCGAAUCAUGAACUAUCCACGGGCGGCUUGGAUUCGUUCAGAAACUCCUUUGCCUCAUUAGGGAUUCAUCAGGGUUCAAAACAGGAGUCUUCUAUGGAUGAGAAUGGUGAAUUUUGUCCAGCGGCUGACCGAAACAUGUUUGUCCAUAGUGGAAAAGGAAGAAGCUCACCAUUACUACGUUUGAUAACCGCAUCUGAUGAUCUAACAAAUGAACAGGAUAUGGGGAACAGGAUUGAUUAUGAUCCGAGCAGUGUGACUACUGAUACUCCCAAGUCAAAAUUCAACUUGGAGAACGUUUUCCUUCCCACGUACAAUGAAAACCAGAGAGCAAUUGUAACUGCCGAUCCAGAGCUAGAUUCAAUCUUUCCAGCAUUUUUUAUGGAGGACCAACCCGCUGAUAACAUAUUUAAGGUCUGGGAAAUAGACAUUCCAGAUGAAGAAGAUGAACUCAUUGGACAUGUGAAAAAAGCCUUAGCUGAGUGCUCCUCAGACCCUGAAGGUUCUGUCCCUGAAGGUUCCAGAAUGUCGGUAGGAUUGAAUGAUCGGUUUCUUGAUGAUCUUAUUUUACGAUUUGAUGACAUGUCUUUGAGCUGGUAGUCCAGCCGAAUGCAAUGUUCUAAUGGGCUUGAUGAUCUUAUUUUACGAUUUGAUGACAUGUUUUUGAGCUGGUAGUCCAGCCGAAUGCGAUGUUCUAAUGGGCUGUAUUACGUAAUUUCUUCCAUUCUCUGUUAUGUUUUUGUCGCAUAUUCCUACAUUUGGUCUAGGCU